AUGCCUAUUCGGCUCCAUGUCUUGGCCAGCUCCGCGAGACACGCCGUCAGCACUUCGGUGGUGCUCGUCAGCUGGCUCAUCGCCGUCUACCUCACCCCGCUGCUGCUCCACCUGUCCUACUUCCUCGCCGUCGACCUGCUCGGCUUCCUCGCCUUGGUCCUCCUCAAGCCAAGCAACCCCGGGUACCAUCCGCGCUACGUCGACGUGUUCUUCAUGUCGACGUCCGCGGUCACGAGAGAUGUUCGUCUCCUUGCUCGGCCUGUCCUCGAGUCGUCGCGCAAGCGACGACAGCAGCAGCGCGACCAUCAAGAUCACGACGGCAGGGUCAUGGCGGCCGCCGUCUGCGACGAGCCGGAUCUCGAACAGGCGAAUAAUCCGGCGCCAACUCCGUCUGCGGAUUCGUCCGGCGAUGGUGACGAUCGCAAGGAGACCUGCCGCGCCUUCAGAAGCUUAGCGCUCGUGGUAUCGGCCUACAUGGCCGCGAUCCUCGUCGUCGGCUCCGUGCUGGUGUUCGCGUACGUCGCCACUGUCCCGACCGCGCGCGACGUGCUGGCGAGGAAGCGCAUCAGCGCCGCGCUCUUCUCGGUGUCCACCACCGUGUCGUCCUUCACCAACGGCGGCCUGCUCCUGACGAACGAGAGCAUGGCAGUGUUCGCCGCUAACCGUGGCCUGCUCCUACCGCUGGCAGCACAGAUCCUCGCCGGCAGCACGCUGCUCCCGGUGUUCCUCAGGCUGGCGGGGCUCACCGCCGGCGAGAAGCUCACCAACGCCGUGUUCAUGUCCGUGAACGUGCGCCAGGCCGGGGAGAACUCCGUCGACUGCUCCCUCGUCGCGCCGGCGGUGCUGGUGCUAUUCCUCGCCAUGAUGUGCAUCCCGGCGUCGGCGACAUUGUUAUCGGUGCACGACGACGGAAGCGAAAUGAAAAGGAGCGGCGCCGGAGAACCCGAAAGCAGGGAUGGAGCGGAGAAGAAGAGGAGACUGUCGCUGAACAGCAUGCUGCUGUCGCCGCUGGCCUGCAACGCCGCAGCGGUAAUGCUCGCCUGCAUCACUGAGAGGCGAUCGAUCUCCGGCGACCCGCUCAACUUCUCCACGUUCAACGUGAUCUUCGAGGUGAUCAGUGCUUAUGGGAACGUGGGGCUGUCCACUGGCUACAGCUGCUCGAGGCUGCCGCCGGCAGCGGAGGAGGCGACCGCCGCCUGCCAUGACAAGCCAUACAGCUUCUCCGGGUGGUGGACCGACCAGGGGAAGCUGCUCCUUGUUCUCCUCAUGCUCUACGGGAGGCUCAAAGGCUUCCACGGACAGCGACGCAGGAGGUGA